AUGUCGGGUAACUAUUACGAUACAGAGAAGAAAACAUCCGGCUACACAAAGGUGAGUCGUGCCUUGUCAGGUGCACAGUAUGAGAAUAUCCCUCAUCCACUGGACGAAGAGCUGCUCAUCGGGCGUGUGGUGGAGGUGCUGGCCGUUGACAUUUCACGGGCCAUCUUUGUCAAGCGCGCACAGUCGAGCACAGUCGUUGGCAUGCUGAUCAUAUCGAUCCACUUUACCAUCGGUGUCGUGACGUGGAUUAUCAAGCGCAAAAAUAGCACUUCAUCUCAUUCGACGCUGUACUAG